AUGUACCUCAAACUUGGCCGGGUCCCCGCCGCCCGCGCCGUGUUUGACGCAAUGGCAUGUCGAAACGUGAUGUCCUUCAACAUCCUCAUCGGCGGCCUCAUCCACAACGGGGACAUCAACGCUGCCCGCAAGCUGUUCGAUGAAAUGCCAGAGAGGAACCUCGCCACCUGGAACGCCAUGAUUGCCGGGCUGGCUCACUUCGAGCUCGACGAGGAGGGACUCGAGUGCUUCCUGAGGUCGAGGAGGGAGGGCCUGCGUCCCGAUGAGUUUGGUUCUGGUCGCCAAAUCCAUGCCUUCGUGGUUAUCAAUGGGUUUGAGCAGGACAUGUGUGUUGGGAGCUCUCUAGCUCACAUGUACAUGAGAAGUGGUCAUCUUAAAGAAGGAGAAAGGGUUCUGAGAGGAUUGCCUUUCCUCAAUGUGGUCUCUUGCCAUACUGUGAUUGCAGGAAGAGCACAAAAUGGGGACCCUGAAGGGGCCUUCCACCAUUUCAUCCUCAUGAAGAAUGUCGGAUUGUUGCCAGACCAUAUUUCUUUAAUGGAGAAUUGCUAUUUUUAUGCCUCUGAAUCCAGGAAAUUAGAAGAACAGCAGCAACAGGAAGGUCUGGCAUCUUCUGACGAAUUCAAGAAGAACACGAGAAUCAUGAAAGAAAUGAUCAAUGAUGUGAUCAGCAAGGUAAACAAGCCACUCAGUAAAGGCGAGGUCUUGUGGCGCUUGAUGAUGCAGCUCAACCUUGAUGUUGGUCGUGAUUGUUCUAGGAUUUUUGCUAUAGGGACGCAUGUUGCUUGGCCUACACGUUGGGUAGUGAUGAAAAAUGAGCAACCACAAAUUUUCAGCUUCUGA